ACACCGAGGCGGGGGCGGGCUAAGUUGGGAGAGUGAGAAAGAGACCCCCGUGCGUCGAGAGAGGCAGGGAGCAGACACCGGGAGUGAAGGAAGGAGAGACAGAGUCAGGGACGUUGGCGACAGAGAUGGGACCCAGAGCCUCUGCAUGGAUGAGACAGGCAGUGGGGCGGAAGGCAGACUGGACAUCUCUGUGUGCUGUGUUUACAUGCGGUUCCUGGGGCUCGGGAAAACAGAUCUCGCAGGUCCCUGCUCCUCUGUUCUCUACCCCCAGUACUAGCCCCGGGUGUCCCAGACUAGAAAGACCCCAAGAGGCAGAGCAAGCCAGGGUGGGAGGACCACAGCCCCCUAGGCAGCCCACCUGGCCCUUUGCAGGACCACGUAGAUUUUACUUCCAUUCUUAAGGAGUGGGUACAAGGACUGGGAGGAGGGCACUUAUGACAAGCACUCAUGGGGAGCCCUCAGCAGGCUGAGGUGGAGAGGAGGAAGGGACAGGGGGCCCUUGUCCUCCCACUGCCCUCAACUAGAGCCCGGCUCCAAGAAGUGACAGAGCAGAGACCCUUAGAGGGAACCCGCGACCAAUGCCUCAGCCUCUUUGUGCCAUCUGGUGGUGGAAAGGGAGAAAGACAGGAGCAAGAAGAAGGGACUGGGAAGUUGAACAGCAGGGAUGACAAACUCCAGGGGGCCCACGGCUAGGAAGUCACCAGCGACAGGCCCAGGCUGCAGAGUCCAGCUGUCCAUGCACCACCAGCCAGGUCUUCCCAGGAAAAUUAAGGACCAAGAAAGGUGAGUGGCUUUGCCCAAGGACACACAGUAAGCAAGUAGCCGGGCCAGGAUGGAGACUCAGGUCUGUAGACUCCCAGUGCUGUUCUCCCUGCACCCCAUCCCCCUUCCUGCCUCCCCAUUCACCUUCAGUUUCUUCUCCACUCUCCUCCACUGUGACCUACUGCUUGGUCACUCCCACCUCACCCCAAACUCCAGCAACCCUGGCUGAGAGGUAGGACCCCCGGGUUUUCUGCUCCUACCAGGUCUUUGAUGCUGGGAUCUCGGAUUGAGCCCAUCAGCCCUCAGGGGCCAUAAUGUCUAUCUUGGAGUCCCAGAAUCCCUUGGGAGAACAGGCCGAGAGGCCCCUGCAAGAAGGCAGCGGAACUAACACCAGGUGCCCUGCUCCUCAGCAUCAGCCCCUCCCAGCUGUGGGGACUCACUCCACCUCUGCCUCCCUCUCCUCUGGGAACACACAUUUUCCACUCAGCUGGGGCCCAGGAAAGGAUGAGUGUGGGUUUCAAGGAUGACGACGCUCUGCCUAGACUGAGGGCUGUCCGUGGGGGAAGGAGGUGACGUUCCCCCAGCACAGUGUCCACAUGGUAUACUCUGCUCACUCAGAGGCUCCUUGCAUCGUCAGGCUGAGAACACGGGCCCUCUGGGCGUACAGUUCUAAGUUCAAGUUCUGACUUCAUCAGUUAAACCUUCGUGAUAUUGGAGACUCAUCCUCUCUGUGUCCGGGUCCACCAGGUACAAAAUGGAGCUAAUAACUUCCUGGGGUUAUUGUAGGGAUUAAACGCGACAAGGGUGUCAAGCAAUGAGCGCAGCGACUGCCCAGUAAGUGGAGCCAUGGCACCAUCUUUACACGCUGACCUUCAAGGAAGCUGGGUUAUCCCCCCACUAGCUGACUUGCUGUGUGACCCUAGGUAAGUCCUGCUCCAUUUCCAGGCUCUGAUUCCUCGUUUGUAAAAGGAGAGCUGGGCGGCUGAGCCCAGAAGGUUCUUCCUGAGCUGACCUUGUAAGUCACAGGGAAUUGCAUCAUUUCCAAGUACCCAUGGCAGAUGACGGGGCCAUCCUCAAGGUCACCAGGGACCUGAAAGCUGCUGUCUCUGCCAUCCUCCAGGGCUAUGGGGAUGGGCAGGGGCCAGUGACAGAUGCCAGUGCUGAGCUGCACAGAUUCUGCGGCUGCCUGGAGCUGCUGUUGCAGUUUGACCGGAAAGAGCAAAAGAGCUUCCUGGGCCCUCCGAAGGAUUACUGGGACUUCCUCUGCACUGCCCUGCGGCGGCAGCGGGGGGACACUGAGCAGACUCGCUUCAUCUACUCGCAGGAGAAGCUGAAGACCCCUCUGGGCAGAGGCCGUGCCUUCAUCCGCUUCUGUCUAGCCCAUGGACAGCUGGCCGAGUCCCUGCAGCUCUGCCUCCUGAGCCCAGAGCUCAUCAGGGAAUGGUACGGCCCUCGGAGCCCUCUCUUGUGCCCUGAACUCCGGGAAGACAUCCUGGACUCUCUCUACAUGCUCAAUGGGGUGGCCUUUGACCUGGACCUGCAGCGGCCGGACCUGGAUGGUGCCUGGCCCAUGUUCUCGGAGUCCCGCUGCUCCAAUUCCAGCUGGACCCAGAGAAGAAGACCCAGAAAGACCAAAGAUUCCCCAAAGAUCUUAGCAGCAUUUGGAGGCCCCAAAGGAGUCCAGCUGGAGGAGCCACUCACCACUCAAGCCAGCUGUCUACAAGAUGCCCCCAGAGGAGGCCAACCGGCUGGACUUCCCAGGUCUCAGCAACACAGACAUGUUCCCUCCUGUUUGGAAAAGCAGAUAAAAGAUUCCAGGAGCCUUGGUUUCCUCCAGGAGCAGGAGGAGCUUCAGCCAGACCUGGAGGAAGGAGCUCCGAGGCCCACCAAGAAAUUCCUAGAGAAGCCAAGAGCCAGCAUGAUGCCAAAGAAGGUGGGGGCCAAGGAGGCUCAGAAGGAGGUGACAGGGAUGGCAGCUGAAGGCACAGGGAUUCUGCCAGGUGCAGAGGUUCAGAGAACAAAAGGGGUCCAUGGAGAAGAAACAGAGUGGGGUCCCACUCAGAGGUUGCUGGUCUUCGGCCCCAGAGUGAAGACGGAGGGAGCAAUAGCAGGCAGCAGGCUGGGGUGGGAGGAGCCUAACAUUCUGGGGGAGUUCUGGGUCCCCCAGGACCCGGGAACAAAGGAAGACCCCACCACAGAAGAGCCACAAGAACAAAAAGGAGUGACUGGUAUGACCAGUGGGGAGGACCAAGCAGAGGAGCCCUUGCAGGACAUAGUCAAGAACCUCAGACUUGGGCUCCAGAAGGCUGAAGAGCAGACCCAGCGCCAGGAGCAGCUACUGAAGGCACAGGAGGGGGAGCUGCAGGCCCUUCAGGAGCAGCUCAGCAGAUGUCAGGAGGAGAGAGCCCGGCUGCAGGCAGACCUGGAGCAGCAGCACCAGGAGGCUGAGAGGAGGGACGCCCUGUACAAGAAGGAGCUCGGAGGGCAGCGGGACCUGGUCCAGGCCAUGAAGAUGAGGGUGCUGGAACUGACUCAUGAGAAGGACCGCCAGUGGCAGAGGCUGCAGCAGCUCUCCUCCGUGGUGCCCGCCAUCUGUGUUGGCUGCGGCAAGGUCUUCAGCAGGCUGUCCCGGCGGUAUCCCUGCAGGCUCUGCGGAGGCCUGGUAUGUCAUGCCUGCUCUGCGGAUUACAAGAAGAAGGAGCGCCGCUGCCCACCGUGUGCCCAGGGAGGAGAAUCCCAGGUCACCUGAAAGAGCAACCCAGGAUCAGCCACCCCGCACCUACAACCCCACCCCAGUCCUCUCCCUUCCCUGCCUCUUCCAAGUCCUCUGGUCUGUCGGGCCUCAUGUUCUAGAAGCUGGUGAGCAAAGCAAAGCUGGUGCCGCACCCCAGUGUAGGGACAGCGGCAGCCAGGGUGACAGUCUGAAGACAUUUCUAGCCCUGCAUGUCCCACAUGGAUGAUCAGAGUAGCACAUGCCCCUGGCUCUCAGGGCUUUGCCACUAAUGUGAGGGAGGUGGCCUACAGCCUGUCUACAAAGUCCUUCAAGGCACAGAAAAUCCAUGGCCAUACUUAAAAGCCCAGGCCCUGAUGGUUCCCCAGAACCUCCCCCCAUCACCCAGCUGCGCUGCCUACCCCAUGCACAAGGAGUGAAGCUUGCACAGAUGCCGCUUCUGUAGUAGCUUCUGGUCUAAUCUGCUUCACGGAUCUGUGUUUGAUUCCUUUUGUUUUAACUUUAACAGAUUUACUGAGGUGCUACUGACAUAUAAUAAACGUGAUGGAAUUUUUGCAUUUUGAAAAAUCUGAGAAACUGUCACCACAGUCACUUCCAUGUCCAUCAGCCCCAAGGUUUGCUCACACCCUUUCAUGAUCACUGUCCCUCCAAGCCCAGAACACCACCAGCCCUGCUUCCUGUCACCCCAGACUAAUAUGUAUUUUCUAGAAUGCUAUAUAAAUGAAACCAUACACUA